UCGUAGGCUUAGUAACACUUUGAUCACGAAGUUGGAUCCUGUCGAAAGCAGAAACCGAAGAUGAAGGCAAUCGUCAUUGCAUUUACUGUUUUCCUCGUUGCCGCAUUGGGUUCUGCUCAAAUUACAGAUGAGCAAAAAGCAAAAUUAGCACGGGCCAAAGAAAUUUGUAUUGCUGAAACUGGCGCAGAUGCAGCUGCUAUACAAAGUGUAAUUCGUGGAGAACCAGUUGAGAGCGAAAAACUCGCCUGCUUCUCUCAAUGCCUCUUAAAGAAAAUCCACGUUUUGAAUGAGGAUGAUACUCUAAACGUGGACUUUUUACGCGCACAUGCACCGAAAAACGUGCCACAGGAAGAAAUCGAGGAUGUAAUCGCUAAGUGCCGAGACGUUUCUGGAACCGGUUGUGAAAAAGGAGGAAACAUCAUGAAGUGUUUCUUGCAGAAUAAGAAAUUUAACGUUUUAUCGUAAGCUUAUCAUCCCGAACAUGGCAAACAAAAAACUCAAUUAAAAUCUGCAUAUACGUUUUUUUAGUAUCUAAUUUAGUUAACACUAAGAUAUCUUACUUUUACACGUUUAAAUAAUGUUUAUGUCAAUGAAAAAAAAAAAAAAUAAAUUAGAUUUUCUUCUUA